UUUUCUAGUUAGAAUUAGAAGUGUUUAAAGUAUAUUCAUUGCAUGUAAAAUAUAUCGGCAUGCAAUGACGUCACAUCCGGUUUCGCCGCGUCUUGUGGGAAAACACCGGUUUGAAAUUAGCGCGAGGGUGGGGGCUUUCCACGAGGCUCACCUGAGCACAAGCAGUUUUGCAGGCAUGAGAAAUCACAGUGAGAGCAACGCUUUUUCACCAUAUGUUAAUGUGAAGAGUGAACAGUAAAUGGUUAAUCUUACUGCGAUCUGGUUCUUAUUAACUGUGGUUUAUCCGGACGUUAAAUUCGGCGUUUCGUUACACCCGAAGGAGAACGUGACAGUGAAAAAGCGGCAUUAUCAGGUGUUUCAAGUGCUGCAAUGUCAGCUCGAUCCGGGAUCAAGUCGAUGGCGCCCAGCGACAAGGGCAGUAGAACGACAUCAAGAAAGUCCACACAGGCAAGAGCCAAGGCAGAAGCCGCCAAGGUGCGACUGCAUUACGCCAAACAAGAAGCAGUUUUGAAAAUGAAACUGGCCACCAGAGAAGCCGAAAUCCAGAAAGAAAAGGCUGCCAGAGAAGCCGAAAGGGCCGCCAGAAAGGCAGAAGCCGCCAAGGUGCUACUGCGUUACGCCAGACAAGAAGCAGUUUUGAAAAUGAAACUGGCCACCAAAGAAGCCGAAAUCCAGAAAGAAAAGGCUGCCAGAGAAGAGGCUGCCAGAGAAGCCGAAGAGGCUGCCAGACAAAGAGAAGAGGCCGCCAGAGAAGCCGAAAUCCAGUUGGAAAUGGCAAAAAUAUCGACAGAGUUGCAAGUGCUGCAGCUAGAAAGAGAAGAAGCUGCUGCCAUGGCGGAAGCAAAGUACAUAGAAGAAGCUGAAGGGUCGCGUGAUCUGACCGCAGCAAGAUCUACUUUAGAAAGGACCAGACUGGAACGCACAAGCGACUAUGUACAAUCUCAAAUAGACAGGCAGGCUCGUCUCCCCUCUCCAUACGUAUUCGAUAACUUCCCCAGCUACGAGGAACCUCAGAGAGUCACGAUUGCAUCACAUCCAUACGAGGAAGGAAAUUUACCCUCACGGCUCCGUGAUGAAGUCAAGAAUGAAAGAACCGACAACGCUCCUUCACCCCCACAACAGGACGGCGGGGAGGGAGAGGUUCACUCCAGGACAACAAUUGUCAGCUCGAACUGUACAGAAGUUUGCGGUCAAACUCAGUCAAGCCGUUCUUGUUCCGAGAUCUGCCUCACUGAGGUGUACCCUAAAGAAGCACAACAAGACAUUACCAAGCGUAAAGUAACCGACGAGACGCUAGGUCAGUCAGUUUUCGUUCAAACCGAGCACGGAAACAAACUUGCACAAUCAGCUCAAGAUACCAUUUCUUUAAAACCCAAAGACACCAAGGUCUUCAGAGAUGAAGCAAAUAAUGGGGUUGCCCCAUUGCCAAUCAGAGAACCACGCCAGUGCUCACCAGAUAACAAAGAGCAGGCAGUCAAACGGUUCACGUCCUUACGGAAAACCUGGAAAAAGAAACCUGAGAUACAGCAACGCACCCGAUUGGCCCACGAGGUACUGUGCACCCUAAUGGCAGAGGUCACAGCCAUUAUAAACGCACAAUCAUUCCUACCUGUGUCUUCUGACCCAGAAAACCCCUUUAUACUUUCGCCAUCAACGCUCCUUACGCAGAAGGCAGGAGCACCUCCUCCACCAGGAGACUUCUCAGACAAGGAUUUGUACACAAAGCAAUGGAGACAAGUCCAGGCUCUGGCAAAUCAGUUCUGGCCUCGCUGGAGACAAAAAUAUCUACCUUUGUUGCAACAGAGACAAAAGUGGACAGAACCCCGAAGGAAUCUUCAAGUUGAAGACUUAGUCCUGCUCAGGGACAAGCAAGUCGCUCGCAACAGCUGGCCAACGGCCAGAAUCACUGCUACAUUCCCUAUCGAGGAUGGACAUGUCAGGAAGAUCGAAUUGAAGACUACCGACCAAGGCGAUGUGAAAAUUUACCAAGGGCCAGUUACAGAAGUUAUUCUACUUCUACCCAAUGACUGAUUAAGAGACUAAGUUUUGUACUCUGCUCAUUGUGACCUUACGAAGGUCAAGCGGGGAGUGUGCUGUCUUUACGACAGUUAUUUAGUUUAUAAUAUUUUCGCUUAGUAAUUCAUUCAAUAGUAUUUUCUAGUUAGAAUUAGAAGUGUUUAAAGUAUAUUCAUUGCAUGUAAAAUAUAUCGGCAUGCAAUGACGUCACAUCCGGUUUCGCCGCGUCUUGUGGGAAAACACCGGUUUGAAAUUAGCGCGAGGGUGGGGGCUUUCCACGAGGCUCACCUGAGCACAAGCAGUUUUGCAGGCAUGAGAAAUCACAGUGAGA